UUGGCGUGUUCAGACGUGGUUGGGCCUCUGUUUCGGCCAGUUUCGAGGCGAGAAGUGCAGCGUCUGUGUUUGUUACACGUGUAAUCAUAGCAUUCCCCUGGUUGCGGUGGCUUCGCGGUGCAAUGGCAAAUUCCAAACCUAAAAAGAGGUACUUUCAGGGGUCUGUGGCUGAAGGCGACAUGGCAAAGGGAGGAGAGGAGGAACGUCCUGCGCAAGUGGCAUGCCCCCUACCACCGAAUGUGCAGCAUCCACCAGGUGCCAUGCCAGUCCGGAGAACUAGGGCCAAGUCUGGAGUUGAUACGGCACGGGAUCUGCUGUCCAUUCAGCAGGACCAGCUGGCUGUCCAGCGAGAACUGCUGGCCACACAGCAAGGUCUGCUGGCCACCCAGCAGCAGCAGCUGGCAGUUCAGCAGGAAAUGCUGCUCGUGCAGAGAGAGGCAGUCGAUGCACUCCGUCGACUUGCAAGCAUAUUUGAGCAGUCCGUGGACACAGGGGUGUUGCCCUCUGACCGGAAAAUUAGCUGUAGAGGGACAAGCAGCAGCAAGUGCGCACCAGUCGUCCGCACUGACUUCGCUAGUGCUUCAGCUCGUCGGUGUGCAGAAUCUCCAUCCGCCAGCCGAAUAAAGUUAGGUUACAUGUUGAGACCUCAUGGCGGUUGCAUGGAACAAGAAGAAAAGGAAUGGCGCGGUGUGCGCGGGAAGUCCACCGGAAGACGCUGGCCCCCUGGUGGCGAAAUACACAAAUGCAGCAGUUUGGCUUCUUGGAUACUGGUGGUAGUGGAACGACUGGUUGGCAAGAAGCUAUCGAAGGAACAAGCGAAAGUGAGAAACCAGAGCAACCAAGGCGAGCAAUGCUGGCGACACGCACGGAGUGACAGCGGAUUGGAUCUCGGAUUGGAUUGA